AUGGCGAGGGCUGUGAGGGAGCGCCUUGAACCGGCGGCCGCCAAGGGGCGGGCCGGAACGGCGCCCGGGUCCAAAGUGCCCACGCCGAAAUUCGGCGAAUUGGAGCCGCUGCAGACAAUCGGUACCGGCAGCUUCUCUAGGGUGCGGCUCGUGCGCAACAACAACAAUGGAAAGUACUGCGCUCUGAAGUCGCUCAAGAAGGCGCAUCUGAUGAAGCUGAAACAAGUGGAGCACGUGAUCAGCGAGAAGAAGAUACUGGGGGAGGUGCAUCACCCAUUCAUCGCCAACUUGAUAUCCACCUACCAGGACGCACAAUGCGUGUACAUGCUCCUUGAAUACGUCCCCGGCGGCGAGCUGUUCUACCACUUGAAGAAGGCCGGGCGAUUCGGCGUAUCUACGGUGCGAUUUUACGUGGCGGGUAUCGCGGUCGUGCUGGAGCACCUGCACGCGCAGAACAUUGUGUACAGGGACCUCAAGCCGGAGAACAUCAUGAUUGACACGAAUGGGUACCUCAAGGUAACGGACUUCGGAUUCGCCAAGAAGGUGUACGACAGGACAUGGACGCUGUGCGGCACGCCAGAGUAUCUGGCUCCCGAGGUGAUCCAGAGCAGGGGGCAUGGCCGGGGCGUGGAUUGGUGGGGUCUGGGAGUAAUGAUGUUCGAGUUGCUGGCGGGCUACCCACCAUUUCACCACGAGAACCCAUUCGUGAUCUACCAGAGGAUUCUGGAAGGGCGGGUGGACUUCCCGAAGCACUUCGAUCCCUGGGCCAAGGCAAGGCCCGCUUGGCACGGCGCCCAUCUUUUUUGUCGCGUGAUUGAUCUUCCAUUUUGUGAAAACGGCACUGAGCUCAGUACUUUGCUGUAG